UGAUACGGACCGAUGAAGAAGUGCUGGACGAUCAGAGUGUGAACUUCUCCAUCAGGACCGGCGGAGGUGGGACAGGGGGAAAUUUUGAUGGACUUUUUUAUUUUUAUUCCAGGAGUGUGUUGUGUUUGCCGCAUCACAUAUCUGUGAAAUACAAAGUUUAAACGGACUUUACAUUUAGUUGAACGGAAAUAAAUACACAAGAAUGAUUCCGGUUUUGUUUGUUUUGCUUCUGUGUCUGCGGACCGCGCAGCUCCGUCACCCUCAGGGAGCCGCUCCGGCGGCGGGGGACGACGCCGCGGCGGUGACUGCGGGGUCGCGGGAGCCCUUCUUCCCGGAGGGGGCGUCCCUACACCGGCCUGAGAGUUCCAGCGCCGCCGACCCGAAGCGGGUCGCCCGAGGAGCCGGAGACGGGACGUCCCGGAGAAGAACCCCGGACUCCCCCGGCGGCCACGGGCCCCCGCGACGGCCCGACGACCCGAGCGGUUACUUCACCACCCGGCGGGCCCCCGCCGCCUCCGCCCGACCGGGUAACGACUCGUCCCCCUCGGGGCUCCUCAGCCCGGCGCUUCGCGGCUCGCGCUGGGCCUACGUCAUCACGCUGCUGGCGCUCGGGCUCCUCGCGGUGGGCGUCGUGGGGAACCUCGCGCUCACGUGCGCCGUCUGGCACGAUCUGUACCUGCAGAGCGCGUGGAACCACGUGCUGGCGGGGCUCGCGCUCUGCGACCUCCUCGUGCUGCUCACCUGCCUGCCCGUGGUCGUCUUCCACGCGCUCACAUCCAGGUGGUUGCUAGGAGACCUGUCCUGUCGGCUCGUGCCCUACGUAGAGGUGACCUCUCUGGGCGUGGCCACGUUCAGCCUCUGCGCCCUGAGCAUCGACCGCUUCCACGCGGCCACGGGCCCCGGGCCCUCCCAGGCGCCCCGGGUGGAGCCCUGCCAGUCCAUCCUGUCCAAGCUGUCCGUCAUCUGGGUGGGCUCCAUGGUGCUGGCCGCCCCCGAGCUGCUGCUGUGGCAGCUGCGCCAGCAGACCGUCGGCCCGCCGCCGGCGCCGCCGCUCCCCGGCGACUCCCUGAUGGCGGCCCUCCGGGGCGGGACGGACGCCUCCAAGGCGGACGUCUGCGUCCGGGAGCCGUCGCCGCACCUGCCGGAGGGCGUGUUCCCUCUGGUGCUGACCUACCACGAGGCCCGCGCCUGGUGGAUCUUCGGCUGCUACCUGUGUCUGCCGCUGCUCUUCACCGUGGCCUGCGACCUGGUGACCAGGCACGUGCUGGCCCAGCGCCUGCCGCGGAAGCCCGCCGGGUGCGACGAGGCGCCCGGCAGAUGCCUCGCCCCCUACUACUACUCCUCCUCCUCCUCCUCCUCCUCGCCCUCCACGUCGAAGGAGAAGCAGCAGCUGGCCAGAGAGCAGCGGCUGCGCUCCACCGUGAUGGCGCUCGCCGCCCUGUACGGGGCGUGCAACCUUCCGGAGAGCAUCUGCAACAUCGCGCUGGCGUACGUCCCCGCCCACGCGACCGCCGCCCUCCCGGCCCCGGCGCUGCCGGCCCUCGCCCUGGCGGGACAGUUCCUGCUGUUUGCGCGUUGCUCGGCGUCGCCGGUGCUGCUGCUGUGUCUCUGUCGCUCGCUGGGCCAGGCCUUCGUGGACUGCUGCUGCUGCUGCUGCUGCUGCUGCCAAGAGUGCGUCCAGGACGGCGCCCGCCCCUCCUCCUCGGCAUCCACCGCCGCCACCACCUCCAACGUGUCCUCGCCCACGUCGCCGUCCCCGACCUCGCCGUCCCCGACCUCGCUGUCCCCCUCCGGCAAAGACGGUACGACGAAGAGCCUGCUGGCGGCGAGGGACUCUCCCGCUGGCGUCGGGACGCCGUGCUGAGGUCCUGGACCGCACAGCUCACCCAUCAGUUGUAAUAAUAUUACAGUGGCCAAGUUAACAGCAGAGAUCUUUCAUUAAGAUUAAGAUUAAGCAGUCUGACGACGGGACGCAGUGUGGGGCGCCUUCGUCUCGCUGUGCUGUUCCUGGUUCAGUCGAGGUGUCCUGGUCCGGAUCAGUGGAAUCUAACUUCAUCCAAGCCUCUUUAUCAAAGCAGUUCCAUUAAAGGUAAAACUGCAUUGAUGGUAAAAUUCAUGGAGGCGUACCCUGUGCUUGAGGACGACAAACUUCCCCUUGAAGUUUGUCACCUCGGAUCUCUGCUGUUAACUUGACCGCGAUGACAUCAUAACUGAUUGAAAGCCCGGGUUCUAGUCGAGUGCACGGACCCUUUGAUGGAAGUCCGUGCAGGAGCAGAAACGCGCCUGAAGAGAGUUUAGAUGACUGUAGACAUUAUUCUUUUUUAUUGUGAGGGAGUGUAGUGUUGUUCACGUUUGUCGGAUUUAAUCCUGUUAUUUAGUACUGAUGUUUUACAGCCUUUUUGUAUGAAACGUGAUAGUUAUUAACAAUGAUGUGUUGCUCAAACAGCAUGAACACUUUAUGAGACAGAAACACUGUAAGAUUUGAGUAGUUUUUUUCCUAAUAUGGUUCAACAGAGAAUAGACGUAAUGAGACCUUUUUUAGUCAGGAGACACUUUGCUGUGAAUUUCUUGAACUGUUUUUUUUUGCUGUUGCUGUGUCAUAGCUCAGAUCAGUGAAGAUCUUGAAGCUAUGAGAAAAGUUUGACUUUUGGUUUAGUAAAGUUGAGAUGUUCUCCCUUUGCAUCACCUGUCA